AGGGUUUUUAGCUGACAAUGCAGCGCAAGAAGGUGGAUAAUCGCAUUCGAGUUUUGAUUGAGAAUGGAGUAGCUGAACGGCACAGGACGCUCUUUGUUGUAGUCGGGGAUCAUGGCAAAGAUCAGGUGGUCAUUCUUCAUCAUAUGUUGUCUAAAGCAGCUGUAAAAGCCAGGCCUUCAGUAUUAUGGUGUUAUAAGAAAGAGCUGGGCUUCAGCAGCCAUCGUAAAAAAAGGAUGAGACAGUUGCAAAAGAAGAUUAAAAGUGGGACUUUAGACCUGAAACAAGAUGACCCCUUUGAGUUGUUUGUAGCAGCUACAAACAUUCGGUACUGUUACUACAAUGAAACACACAAAAUUCUUGGGAAUACUUUUGGCAUGUGUGUCCUUCAGGACUUUGAAGCCUUGACGCCGAACCUGCUGGCUAGAACUGUGGAAACUGUGGAAGGUGGCGGCAUAGUUGCAAUUCUUCUGAGAACAAUGAACUCCCUGAAACAGCUGUACACGAUGACCAUGGAUGUACAUUCCCGAUACCGAACAGAGGCACAUCAGGAUGUAGUAGGCAGAUUUAAUGAGAGGUUCAUUCUGUCUCUGGCCUCUUGUAAGAUGUGUAUGGUAGUUGAUGAUCAGCUCAACAUUCUCCCAAUCUCUAGCCACAUUGCAAAUAUUGUACCUGUUCCACCCCGAUCUCAGGCAAGUAUCCUGAGUCCUCAGGAUAUGGAGCUGAAGGAGUUGCAGAAGAGUCUUCAGGACACACAACCUGUUGGAGUGCUGGUUGACAGCUGUAAGACUCUGGAUCAGGCAAAAGCACUUUUGAAGUUCAUUGAAGCCAUUUCUGAGAAGACACUGAGAAGCACUGUGGCUUUAACAGCUGCCAGGGGGCGUGGUAAAUCUGCAGCCUUAGGAUUGGCUGUAGCUGGAGCAGUGGCUUUUGGCUAUUCCAACAUUUUCGUCACGUCUCCCAGUCCAGAUAACCUUCACACCUUGUUUGAAUUUGUAUUUAAAGGCUUUGAUGCACUACAGUAUCAGGAGCACUUGGAUUACGAAAUAAUUCAGUCUCUCAACCCGGAAUUUAACAAAGCAGUCGUUAGAGUGAACGUAUUCAGAGAGCACAGACAGACUAUCCAGUAUAUACACCCUGCUGAUGCUGUGAAACUGGGACAGGCUGAACUUGUAGUGAUUGAUGAAGCUGCUGCUAUUCCCCUGCCCCUGGUGAAAAAACUGCUCGGCCCUUACCUUGUAUUUAUGGCUUCUACAAUCAAUGGCUAUGAAGGCACUGGCCGUUCCUUGUCUUUGAAGCUGAUCCAGCAGUUACGGCAACAGAGCACACAAGCCCAAGCCAGCAUGACGGCAGAGAACAAAACAACGGCAACUGCUAAACUCUCUUCAGUCCGUACGCUGCAUGAAGUUUCCCUCCAGGAAUCCAUUCGUUACGCCCCAGGAGAUCCUGUUGAAAAGUGGCUGAACGACUUGCUGUGCUUGGAUUGUCUCAACAUCACUAGGAUUAUCUCUGGCUGCCCGCUACCCGAGACCUGUGACUUGUAUUAUGUGAACAGAGACAUUCUCUUCUGCUAUCACAGAGCGUCGGAAGCUUUUCUUCAGAGGCUGAUGGCUCUGUAUGUGGCCUCUCACUACAAGAAUUCUCCCAAUGACCUCCAGAUGCUUUCAGAUGCGCCCGCUCAUCAUCUCUUUUGCCUUCUGCCACCAGUUCCACCUACCCAGAAUUCCUUGCCAGAAGUGCUUGCCGUUGUCCAGGUGUGUUUAGAGGGCGAGAUCUCCCGCCAAUCCAUUAUGAACAGCCUUUCCAGAGGGAAGAAAGCGUCAGGAGAUCUUAUUCCAUGGACCAUUUCAGAGCAGUUCCAAGAUCCAGAUUUUGGUAGCCUCUCUGGUGGGAGAAUUGUCCGCAUUGCAGUCCAUCCUGAUUAUCAAGGGAUGGGUUAUGGCAGCAGAGCUCUGCGUUUGGUGCAGAUGUAUUAUGAAGGCAAGUUUCCUUGCUUGGAAGAGAAAGUCAACCAGAAGCCAAGAGAAAUUGCUACCGUGAGCAGCGAGGCUGUCAGUUUGUUGGAGGAAGCCGUGAGGCCUCGGAAGGACCUUCCUCCUCUCCUUUUCAAACUGAGCGAGAGGCAAGCAGAGAAUCUCGACUACCUUGGGGUGUCUUAUGGCUUGACACCAAGGCUACUAAAAUUUUGGAAACGAGCUGGAUUUGUACCCGUUUAUCUGAGGCAGACUCCAAAUGAUCUGACCGGGGAGCAUUCCUGCAUCAUGCUGAAGAUGCUGAAUGAAGAUGAGGAGAAUGAGGAGGGGAGCUGGCUGUCUGCCUUCUGGAAAGACUUCAGGAGGAGGUUUCUGUCUCUCUUGUCAUAUCAGUUUAGCACUUUCUCACCUUCAUUGGCUUUGAAUAUUUUGCAGAACCGGAAUAUCAAGCAGCAACCACAACCCCCAAUCAGCCGUAGUGAAUUAGAAGCCAUUUUUAUCCCAUAUGAUCUGAAGAGGCUGGAGAUGUAUUCAAGGAACAUGGUCGAUUAUCAUCUGAUUAUGGACAUGAUCCCUACUAUCUCAAGGAUGCGGUUUCUCAGCCAGCUUGGAGACAUAACCCUUUCUGCUACGCAGUCUGCUCUUCUUCUUGGGAUUGGCUUGCAGCACAAAUCUGUGGAUCAAUUGGAGAAAGAGAUAGAACUUCCUAGUGGUCAGCUGAUGGGUCUCUUUAACCGGAUCAUCCGCAAAGUUGUUCAGUUAUUCAACACGAUCCAGGAAAAAGCUGUGGAAGAGCAGAUGGCAUCAACAAAGGAAGUCGUAAUGGAGCCAACCCUGAAAUCAUUAAAUGAAGAUUUGGAAGAAGCAGCAAAAGAAUUUCAGGAGAAACACAAACAAGAGAUCGGGAAGCUGAAAGACCUCAAUCUUUCACAAUACGUAAUCCGAGGCGAUGAUGAAGAAUGGAAUGAAGUGCUGACCAAAGCAGGACAGAACACUUCCAUUGUCAGUCUGAAAAGUGACAAAAAAAGAAAAUCAGAAGCUGCCAUAGGACCAAAACAGGAGAAGAGAUUUAAGAAUAAAGCCCCAAAGCAAAAGUGGAAGAAAUGA